GAAUUAUAAAUGCACAUAAUAUUUCAAGAUUAAGAUUUUAGAUGUGAGCACGCAAGAAAUUAGAGAUCAAUCUAUUUUUAGUAGUAGCUUUAUAGCAGUCUAGAGGAAUAGUGAUUUUUCUUUGUAUAUUAAUUUGAGGGAAAGCUAAAUGGUGAUUAUUGGAUACAACUAGCCUAUAAUUAGCAAAGUGAAAAGCGCGUCAUUCCCUUUCUUUGGCCGCGCAUUGUUGUUUCAAACCCAUAUAAAUAAAUCCCGUCGCCACACACACACACACACUCACUCCUCUCUCGCUCAUCAAAAAUGACUUGUUGUUCCUCUCUCCUCUUCUUGGCGCUACUGAUGACUUGUUUCCACCUCUCUCUCCAAGAAAACACACUCCAUGGCUCUUUCCCUCUCACUUCAGCUCCCCUGUCGUCCUCUCUUGUAGCGAAGAAAGGCGCGGGGGAGGCGUUCGGGUACAACUACAAGUCAUCCUUCAAGUACUCAAUGGCCCUGAUCGUCUCCCUCCCCAUCGGCACGCCGCCGCAGCCGCAAAAGAUGGUGGUGGACACCGGCAGCCAGCUCUCCUGGAUUCAGUGCCACCGGAAAUCCCCUCGGAAGCAGCCUCCUGCGGCGCCCUUCGAUCCUUCUCUCUCCUCCUCCUUCUCCGUCCUCCCCUGCAACCACCCCCUCUGCAAGCCCCGGAUUCCCGAUUUCAGCCUCCCCACCAGCUGCGACCAGAAUCGGCUCUGCCACUACUCCUACUUCUACGCGGACGGGACGCUGGCCGAGGGCAAUCUGGUCAGAGAGAAAUUCACUUUCUCCGCCUCCCAAACUACUCCUCCCCUGAUCCUCGGCUGCGCCACGGACUCAGGCUCGGGCGAGGCCGAGGGUAUUCUAGGAAUGAACCUCGGGAGGCUGUCCUUCAUUUCCCAGGCCAAGGUGCCCAAAUUCUCCUACUGCGUGCCCCGCCGCGACACGCUCGGCGGUUUCUACCUAGGCCACAACCCCAACUCCCACGCAUUCCAAUACAUUAAACUUUUGACUUUCCCCCAAAGUCAACGCACCCCCAAUUUUGACCCCAUUGCCUACACGGUAGGCCUGGCUGGGAUCAAAAUUGGAGGGAAAAAGUUGAACAUCUCCGCCGCCGCCUUCCGGCCGGACGCCACGGGGUCCGGGCAGACCAUGAUCGACUCUGGCACCCAAUACACUUUCCUAGUGGACAGCGCGUAUGCCAAGGUGAGGGAGGAAGUUGUUAGGCUCGCGGCUCCCAAAUUGAAAAAGGGGUACGUUUAUGGAGGCUCCUUAGAUAUGUGCUUCGACGGUGAUGCGCUCCAGAUCGGACGGCUCAUAGGCGACAUGGCUUUCCAAUUCGAUAACGGUGUCGAGAUUUUGAUCAACAAACAGAGUAUUUUGGAUGAGGUUGGAGGUGGUGUGCAUUGCGUCGCCAUUGGCCGAUCGGAAUCGCUGGGCGUUGCGAGUAAUAUUAUUGGCAAUUUUCAUCAGCAAAAUCUUUGGGUGGAGUUUGAUAUGAAUAAUAGACAAAUAGGAUUUGGAGCGGCUGACUGUAGCAAGUCGGCUUGACCAUCUUCUCAGGAAUUUCAUUUUGUGUAUACUUGUAUAUUAUUGCUGUUACAAAAAAAAUAAAAAUGAAGAAUAAUUUAUUAGAUCA